AUGCUGCUCCGCAUCUCGGGGGCUCCCCACCACUCGGGCUGUUCCGCCGCUGGCCCGGCCGCCGCUCUCCAGCCCGGCUUCCCCUGCCCCGGCGCCGCGCGCUGCAUCCCCAGCAGAGAGGCAGAAUCAGGGGAGUAUGGCUGCGAUACUAUCAAGUGCCAACGCACGGCUACCAUGAUCCGACGCAGGGAGCUGGGCGGGACGCCAGGCCGCGCCCAGGAGGCGGAGUUGCGAGGACUUCGGCUGGAGGGUCCCCCGACCUCCCCUGGAGCCACCUCUGGAGCAGGACUCGGUCCCAACUGUCCUGGGCCGGGACCGCACUGA